CUCCUUUGAAUAAUUUAUUUGGGUGGGGUGUGCCUGAAUGUGCAGAUAAUGAAAGUUUAUGGUCCAAUCUAAGCGGAGCAGCUGGUGGCGGCUUUCUAUGACGAGACCGGAGCAAAGCUCCAGUUUGAAGACACUAAAAAGCAUUCAUAGUCAUCUUCAUCAAUUUAAUGUGAGGGGGGGCACGUUUCACAAACUGGCUGUUUAUUGAAUACAUGGCGUCAUGGUCAAGUGGACGGACGAGGAGCGCCACACUGUCAGAUCAGUUUGGGAAAAAGUUGACAUUGACGAGAUUGGACCAGAAGUAUUGGCAAGGGUUCUGAUUGUCUACCCCUGGACAGAGCGCUACUUUGGCAUGUUUGGAGAUAUCUUUACUACAACUGCUAUUUUAAACAAUGCCAAAGUGCGCGACCAUGGAAAGGUGCUGCUGAGAGCUCUGGACAUUGGGGUGCAAAACAUGGACAACAUGAAAGAGGCGUACGCUGACCUGAGCAGCGUCGCCUGCAAACUCAAGAGCAACCUGGGCCCCCAGGUCCAGGCCAUCUGGCAGAAGUUUCUGUCCGCUGUGGUCGAAGCUAUGAACAGUUUGGGCUGCACGCGGCAUUCAAACCUAACAACCUGCAACAUGAGUCUCACUGCCAAGGACAAGGAAGCAGUCAAGGCCUUUUGGUCCAAAGUGGGGGGGAAGGCGGAGGCCAUCGGUUCGGAUGCUCUGUCCAGGAUGCUGGUCGUGUACCCUCAGACCAAGACCUACUUCUCCCACUGGAAGGACCUGAGCCCCGGCUCUGCUCCAGUGGCUAAGCACGGAAAGACCGUGAUGGGUGGAGUUGCUGAGGCUGUGGCCAAAAUCGAUGAUAUUACUGGAGGUCUUCUUACUCUGAGUGAACUGCAUGCCUUUACACUGCGAGUGGACCCUGCCAACUUCAAGAUUCUGUCCCACAACAUUCUGGUUGUCUGUGCCAUCAUGUUUCCUCAAGACUUCACCCCCGAGGUCCAUGCCAAGAUGAGUCUGAGUCAGAAGGACAAGGACACAGUCAGGGCCUUCUGGUCCACAGUCUCUGGGAGGGCGGAGGAAAUCGGCCCUGCUGCUCUGUCAAGGAUGCUGGCAGUGUACCCUCAGACCAAGACCUACUUCUCCCACUGGAAUGACCUGAGCCCCGGCUCUGCCUCUGUGGUGAUGCACGGAAAGACCGUGAUGGGUGGAGUUGCUGAGGCUGUGGCCAAAAUCGAUGAUAUUACAGCAGGUCUUCUCGACCUCAGCAAGCUUCACGCAUACACUCUGCGAGUGGACCCUGCAAACUUUAAGAUUCUCUCCCAUAACAUCCUUGUUGUCUUGGCCGCCAUGUUCCCCAAAGACUUCACCCCUGAGGUCCACGUGGCCAUGGACAAGUUCCUGGGCGCUCUGUCCCAGAACCUUAACAACGUCAACAUGGUCGAGUGGACAGAUGCUGAGCGAGCUGCCAUCGCAUCUUUGUGGGGAAAGAUCGAUGUUGGUGAAAUUGGACCCCAGGCUCUGACCAGACUUCUGAUUGUGUACCCGUGGACCCAGAGACACUUUGGGACAUUUGGAAACCUGUCCACCAAUGCUGCCAUCCUCGGGAAUGCUAAGGUGGCCCAGCACGGAAAGACAGUGAUGGGUGGGCUGGAAAGUGCCGUGAAGAACCUGGACAACGUCAAGAAUACCUACGCCAAACUGAGCGUUAUGCACUCUGAGAAGCUUCACGUGGAUCCCGACAACUUCAGGACUCUUGCUGAAUGCAUCUCUGUGGUCGUGGCUGCCAAGUUUGGCCCCAGCGUCUUCACCCCCGGUGCCCAGGAGGCCUGGCAGAAGUUCCUCUCCGUGGUUGUCUCCGCCUUGGGAAGACAGUACCACUAAACCCCUGGCAUUUUGCAUUUGAAAAAUGUGACAUGCAUCAGUGUUUUUGCAUUUAAAACAACGUAGAUCUAUUGUAAAAACUGUUGCAAAGUUCAAAUAAAAGUCAAGCCUGCAAAUUUUCGUUGAUUUGUUUUCACCUUUUUUUUUGUUUGGUUGUUUUUCAACUACUAUACAGAACAUUGGUGGUUUGAAUACUUGCGACCAGUUAAAGUUUCUGAUUAAAAUCAAAAAGUCCAUAUUGACCACAUUAAAUGGUUA